UAGUGAGCAACGCGAUCAGUCACAAUGUUUCCACACAAACUUCACCAAAAUACUUCAUCAAAUUCCUCGAAAAUCCCUGAUCCAAAUUGUUUACAAUUUAGACUCGAUGAUUUUGGUUAUGGCAAAGAGAAAGUCAGAGUUAUGGCUUUGAAGAAAGAUGGCCCUUAUCAUACGGUAAAAGAGUUUAUUGUGACAUCCCACAUGAAGUUGGCAACACACAAAGAAUACUAUGAAGCUGACAAUACCGAUAUAAUUGGAAGUGAUGUUCAAGAAGUAAACAUUUAUCUACAUGCUAAAAGACAUGGGCUAAGUACACCAGAAGAGUUUGCUCUUAGUCUUUCACAGCAUUUUCUUGACACUUAUCCAAUUGUCACUGAAUCACAUAUUCGAGUUGAGGAGAAACCUUGGGAGAGACUUAAUGGAGAACACAAUCAUGUUUUCACAUUGACAUCGACUGUCAAACGUUUUUGUGAUGUUGUUCGGAAAAGAAAUGAAUCCGAGCCCCUCGUGAUGAGUGGAAUUGAUGGUCUUCGAAUAAUUAAGACUGCUCAAGCUCCAUUCGUUGGCUAUGUAAAAGCCGGACUUCAUACCGAAGGUGAUCAACCUGAUCGAGUUCUUUGUGCUGAUAUCUUUGCAAAAUGGCAAUAUUCAACUUUGGAUAAAAUUGACUUUUCUACAAAUUGGCAUACAGUUACAAAUCUUAUUCUUAAAGCCUAUGCUGGUGAUCCAAAAACUGGCAUUAUUACGACGAGUGUUCAAUAUAUUUCUUAUGAAGCAGAGAAACUUGUUUUAAAUGAAGUCCCACAAAUUUCAAGUAUGACAGUUGCAUUGCCAAAUAUAAGAUAUGCUGAUUAUGAUUUUACUCGUUUUGCUGAUGUCAAGCCAAAUAUUGAAAAUUUGCAAAUUUAUCAACCCUCCGAAGUUCCCAAUGGAAUCGGAUAUUCUAAGUUAGAUAGAUUGGGUUUGAACAGCAAGAAAAUCGAAUGAAAUUUUUAAGGAAAAUAAAUGCACAAGAAUUAAAAACUUUAAAAUUAAUUGUUUUGAAU